UUUCCUGGCAUAAUGCCUAGGCCUAUACAUAAGCGCAUGAAGUACACGUACACAAUGAUCACUGGAUCAAAUGCACUCAAAUUAAAAUGUGCCUGUGAUUGUGAAUGCGUUGAUGACGAGCUACAGUAAUGACCGACAGGGUGCCUCGUGAACAUUGAUUAUUGAUCUUUGAUCUAACCUGCUCAGAUUACCACAUCAUACGGCUGCCUGUCAGGUAAGACAAAUGUUCAUCCAUCAUCGCUGUUGAGGUUCAGGUCAUCGUUCAAUCAGUUAGCCUACAGUUCUUCCACCAUAUACUUCCACUAUGCCCGUUGCUAGAGAUGGUUCCAGCCAAGGUGAGCAGGCAGACCCAGAGGCCAUGGAUACUGUAGUUGGCAAUCUGCACGACAUCGGCAACUCCACACAGGCUGAGAGUGUUGAUCUUCUAUUCCUGAAGGAGGUCAUGCAGGGACGAGUACUACAGAAUCUUGUCAAGGCCCACGAUGCUUUAGAGGAGAUUGAGUUGAGACCGAUACGCAAGGAUGGGGCGUCUCUCAUCCAUGAGGUCAUUGAAGACAUCAGUCCAUUCAUUGCAGAAGACGACCAAGCAGCUGAACUGGCAGGAAUUUUAGACGACCCCAACUUUUCUUCUUUAACUAAAACCCAUGACAGCAUUGCCAAUGGUGACUUUGAACAGCCGUCCGUAUUCUUGGACCGUACGCGGCCAGCCUACCCACCUCCACAUGAGUUCAACGCAGCCGGGGACGCCAUUAGAAUGGUGGGCAUCAGGAAACCUUCCAACGUACCAUUGGGUAUAACAUUACGACAGGAAAAGGGUGAGGUGGUUGUAGCCAGGGUAAUCCACGGAGGUAUUAUUGAAAAACAGGGUCUUCUUCACGUUGGUGACAUCAUCAAGGAAGUCAACGGCAUUGACGUGACCAAUGAUCCGGAUGCACUCCAAGAUCACAUGAAGACAGCCUCGGGAAACGUCACCCUCAAAAUUAUCCCCAGCUACCAUAAUGACUACCGACUCUUACCGGUGUACGUCAGGGCAUUCUUUGAUUACAACCCCAAGCAGGAUAGUCUUCUCCCUUGCCCUGAUUUGGGGCUGGCCUUCCAGAAGGGCGACAUCCUCAGUAUCGUCGACAGAGAGGACCAGAACUGGUGGCAGGCAUAUGUUUUGAACAGAGAUGGCCACCCAACUGGCUUGAUACCCAGCGCUGAGUUAGAGGAACGCAGGCGAGCUUUUGUCCCCAAAGAGAACAUCUAUACAAGACAAACAGUAGCAUGUGGCCUUAUACAGAGCAAGCGGCGACGUCACGAGCACUACAAGACGCGCAAGAACUACGAGUUUGACCGCAGCGACAUCGUCAUCUACGAGGAGGUGCAGGAGAUGCCGCCGUUCCAACGCAAGACUCUGGUCCUGCUCGGAGCUCAGGGCGUCGGGCGAAGGAUCCUGAAGAACAAGCUGAUUGAUUCAGAUUUCAAGCGCUUUGGCACUGCCGUGGCUCACACAUCGCGUCGACCCAGAGAGGGUGAGGAGAACGGUUUGGACUACUACUUUUCUUUGCGCCCGGAGAUGGAGGAAGACAUCCGACAGAACAGCUUCCUAGAGUACGGAGAGUACGCGGACAAUCUGUACGGGACGACGUACGAUGCUAUACGUGCUGUCAAUCGAUCAGGGAAGAUGUGCGUGCUCGACAUCAACCCUCAGUCCUUGAAGCUACUCAGAAACAGCGAGUUCCUUCCAUUGGUGGUAUUCAUCAAAGCGCCGGAGCUGGAGUCGCUGCGGAUGAUCCAUGAGGCUGCCAAAGCCACUGGGGAGACGGAGAAACACGUCACGGACCAGGAUCUUCAGAAGACCGUUGAUGAGAGUGCACGCAUGGAGCGAGCCUACAACCACCUCUUUGAUCUCAUCGUCGUCAACAGCAACUUAGAGGAGUCCUUCAACAAGCUCCGUGAAGCCAUCGACGACAUGGCCUCCAAGCGACAAUGGGUGCCCGUCGAUUGGGUCUACGACUCGCCCAUCAUUAACCCAACCACAGCAUUUUAGUCUGGCGGGAACAUCCCCCUCCCUCCUUUCUCCCCUCCCCCUCCGGAUUAGUGAGACAACCAAGACCAAGGGUCGGAUGUGAAGGUGUCAUUUGAAACACAAGACAGGGCAAGCCUAUUAAAGCUGGACCAAGUAUGUACAAAUUCUAUUCAAUUGAUUUGGAAUGGCUACUCCCUGGAAGUGUUUUCUUGCAUCUGGUCUACACAAUGGGCCGGAUUAUGGCUAAUCCCACUUCAAACCUUUGGGCGAAGGUGAGACUGAAGCAAGUCUAAGUCAUAUGUGACAGUCAGUCAGUUAGUCAGUCUGGGAGUCAGUCAGUCAGUCAGGUAGGUACAAAAAGGACUAUAGGCUGGCCCCUCUGAGUGGGACCACCAAAAAUCAGAAACUUUAUCCAAUUUUUUAUUUUAAAGAUAAACUAUCCGUACUCUUCAACAUAUUCAUUUUUCUUCUAAUGAAUUUUCAAUGAGUUUGAAUUGUUGUGCAUUUUGUUUGCUUUUCUCUUCGCACAAAACAUUUUUGUGACAUCCGAAACAGUCACAAAAUGACAUGAAUACAACUCCAGAAACUCUUCUCCACUUGUGAAGGUUGUACAUAGUUGUGUGAAAAUGUAUUCAAAUGAAAAUUCAGUCCAUUGGUGUGAUGAUUCUGCACAUAAAUGCAACAUUUCGAGCAAGUUGGUUUUUGUGGCUGUACAUCAUAUUGUUGAAUAUUUGUGGUGAGCAAGACAUCUGCAAUUUGGAUGGUAAAAAAAACAGGGUUUAAAAAUAUUAAUUGUUCUGAGCAAUGAAAACAGAUGUUGUAGCACACAAGGCAUUACCUAGUCUAUCUAUAACAUUUGAGCAGAUUCACUGAUUCAUUAUGCAAGACAACCGCAUCUUGACCUGUAGAUUUUGACCAAUCAGUGGGCGGUUUCUUUAUCGGGCGUUCGGUCAUUCACCGUUGUUGCGUCAUCGAACAUGGAUUAAAAACAAAUGCCCUAGACACAGCAACAAAGGCUGUGGUAACGCACUCUGUAUUAUAUCUGUUGUGGUAUUACAAAACACUGCAUUCGAAUUGACCAAUCAAACGUUUAGUCCUGAUUUAGGAAUGAAAUGACGUCACGAUUUAGUAAAGUCGACCCCGAUUGGCUGAGGCGCGAGAUUGCAUAAUCUGCAUGCUUUUGACAUUAUACAGGGGACUUGGCUCCGUGGAUAACGGGUGAUACUCAGACUAGGUAUUACCAUGAAGCAUUAUGAAGAACUUAAAGAAAACAGAAAUGUAAAGAUUAAAAAACAAGGAUCCCAAGACAUGUUUUGGAUUCACAGAUUUUCCAUUUCACGCUAUGCUUUUGGAAGCAUGCAUCUACAUGUACAUGAAACUCCCCCCCCCCAAAAAAAAAAUCACUGUAAAUUUUCACAUUUUUUUAGACUGAGCAACGUGUUGAAAAAAAAGUUGUAUUUUACUACAACUACAUGAAAGUUUUAAAUUAUAUGCAAUUUGUGUGGCCGCUUGUACAUUGUACGUCCACAUCUGGCUGUAAAGCUUUCUUCACUAAUAGAUUCGAAGAAUAGAUGUUAAAUUAUGGAAAAUGGCCCCGACUCUUUUGAUAGUUUUCCAUGCUUUUGGACUUCCUUGUGUAAAUAAAACCUUGUUCUUGCAUGUUGUCGUCCAAGCCUGUUGUCAGCAUUAGCUUCAAACAAUAAAACAUGUCUUGAACUUUGUAUUUCUGCCAUUUAAUAUUCAUCAGUAUUUAUGAUGAGCACGUUUAUGACACCACUCAUACUUUACAUUUAGGAUUUUUGUUGGCAAAAACAGUGUAGAUAUAUUUUUAUCAUAUGUAAUUUUUUUUAAAUGCUCCAAAUGCAUGAAUUUAUAAUGUUACCACAUUGACCAAACAUUUAUCUUGAGUUUCAACUUCCAAGUGUGAUGUUAUAUGUUCAUUAGUGUGUCAUAUGCUUCCAAGUCAAAAUUAAAAAUGUUUGACAUUGAUACAGUAGUUUGUGCACAAAUAAAGCUACAUGUAUUACAAUUUUAAGUUUCACCAAAAAUGCUGGAACAAAGACAAACAAGAAAAGUCUUCAUGAUAUUCAUAAUGAAGGUGGCAAAAGUCUAUCCUAAUUAGAGAAAAUGUACACGUAUGAUCAUCUAUCAUAUUCUGUGCAUUUGAAUUGAGAGAAAAAAAAUCAUAGGAUAAUCCUUGAAACUCGGACUGUAAUAGCGCCCUCAAUGGGGUGGUCUUGCACCGUAUAAAGCAAACCAAACGUGUAUGAAACUCUACUGACCAGGGUGAAGAGGCUCAUUUCAUAAUAAUUAUGCACAAAUUUGGUUGAUUGUAAUUCAUAUGACCAAACAUGAAGUGCAAUUCCUAUUGUGUACAUGUAUAUACAUAGACACUUAUUUUGUUUCACUUAAAAAGUUCCUUUCAUGGGAGAGAAAAUCCAUCAUUUCAUGGUACAUUUCCUUUGCAUUAUUUUAUGCCAAAAGUGUUUUAAUUUUAUUAUAUUUACUUAUUUUAACUAGCUUUAGGUUUCAUUUAAUUUUGUUUUUUUCUUAAUGAGAAUUCAUAUGCAGCUUUUGUUCAAGAGAAAUAGCCAGCAAAAAAUCCAGUGUUUCAGACAGAUUAAGCACAAGUGUAUUAUGGACUUGCCCAUUUGAAGGUUGUAUAUCCAUUUCAAUGCAAAAUUUUAUCUUAAGUGCAAAAGCGGAUCCAGGGGCGCAGCCAGUGUGCCCCCUUGUAUGUUUGAGUUUUACCUCCACUUUUGCCCCCCCCCCCCCUCGUAAAAGCUGGAUCCACCACUGAAGUGUGUCCAUACUUCAUACAGUCCAAAUUUCACACUUCACCCGCAUAAAGAACCAGAACCAGAAAUAGAUUCAGCUGCUUCGUCCAUAGGAGCAUGUGUAAUUGUAAACGGGGUUUUUCAAACAGGGACUAUCUUACCUAAUAUCAUUUAGCUUAUGUACACCAGACAAUGAGCAACCAUUGAAAUAACUACAUUGUCAAGGUGGAUAUUCACAAUUCAAAUGCUUUCAAGUGAUAAUUAUGCUCUCAACACCCAGAAUGGAUGUGCUAAUUUGGAAUUAAGUGGCUCAUGUACAUGUACUGAUCAGGAAACAAAAACCCAAGUGCGUGCCUCGGCAAAAAAAACAAGAAUGUAUAUGUUUAUUGUAAUGUGACACACCGUAAAUUACUAGUGUAGUACAGAUGUUAUUAACCAGUAACCUGCAAAAACUGUAUUCAGAAUUUUAUAACAUAUAUACUUGCAUUUAUAUCUCUGUGUGGUUUUGUGUUUGUACUAUUUAUACAUACUAACAGUAACUUUGUUGGUUGGUUAGUUGUUUAGUUGGUUGUUAGUAAAUGUUCGUUUGAUUGAAUUGUGUAACAGGUGUAUUGUUCAGAUGCAAUGCAGGGCUUAUUUACUGCACAGUUUUAUGGAGAGGUCAAUCAAAGCCUAGCCAGCCGAAUUGCAAUCUGUGAAUAUAUUAUUCUUACAUCUGAAUUUAGUGUUCAGUUUGAUAAAGUAAGGCAAGGUUAUCGCAAGAAGACUCGAACCUGCCACCUCUGGAAAACAUACCAGUGCUCUACCAAGUACCAUUGUACUACAGUGGAACAUUACUAUAACGAACACCGCUAAAACGAACAUUUGGAUAUAACGAGCAUCCCCUCUGGCUCCUGAAAUAGUCAAUUCUAUUAUAAUGCACAAUCACUAUAAUGAUCAACCACUAUAAGGAACAUUUAUUAUUGACCCCAUCAUGUUCGUUAUAGUGGCGCUCUCUACUGUAUUCAAUAUACUUAUGUAUAAGCGUUGUUUGGGAAUGAAAAUGUUUUCACUCGGACCUCAAUAUUUUGGUGGAAAUAAUUGAAUGAUUAAUCAGUCAACAAUAUAUUGUUCUUUUUGAUAAAGCAGCAAACUAUUUCAUGAUUCAGGUGAAAAUACAAGUUUUAAAAGUGCGCCAAAAUGUCUACAAAGUGCGAACAGAAUGAAACAAGGAAUGCAUGACUAUGUCAAAUUGUGACUUCGGGUUACAGUGUACUAAAAAGGUUUAUGUUGAACAUUUGACCUCAAUUGUAUUACAGUAAAAACUGUAAGGUGGUUUUUUAAUACUACUUUAAUGUGUGUCAGUGAAUGAUGACUAUUAAAACAUGUCACUACAGAAAACAAAUUAA